UUUCUAUUACAAGUUGCGCUGCUGCGUUUUCGCUCGCGAGCCAAGGUUUUAAAAAAAUGUUCAUAAUUUCUGAAUAAAUCAAUAAUAGGUUGUGCUUUAUCUAUAAUAUUGCAAUAGGAGAACUUCUUUUUAUAUUUUGGUAUUACACGUUACUCAUUUUUUUCCCAAGGAACCAACAAAGUGCUACGAUUGGCCGGCAACCAGUUCGGGGUGUGCCCAAUGACAGCCGGGAUUGGCUCCGGCACUGCCGCAACCCUUGUGAGGAUAAGCGAUAAAGAAAAUGGAUGGAUGGAUAAAGUGUUAGUUUAUCAUAAUUAAAUUUAGAGUUCACUCGUAACUGUAGCUUGCUAUCGCUACAACUAUGCGAUCAUAAUUUGAAAAUAAGUCCAAUUGAGCUCGAAUAUUUCUGCAUUUGAAACAUGAGAUUUGAGUUACAUUUACUACUUCUGAGUUUUAUUAUUUUUGAUUAAAAAAAAAACUAGCAGGGUUGACGGGAAAUCCCUCUUGAAUUUUAGCUCCCAGUUGAGUUUCGCUAGCUAUGGCAACAGUUCAUAAGUUGAUGAUAAAUUGGUUUUGCUUUGCUUUGAAAUGUUCAUCCGUUUAUUUAAAAAUAAAUUCAUGUAUUUCGUGUUGAUUUUUGCGAGCUCUUCUGAAUAAGGUGCGAAAAUGGAUCUCUCUCUCUCUCUCCUCCAGUGGGCGUGUCCAGUGGGCGCGUCCACGCGGCUGGUCGUGCAAGCCACGCAAAUGUUGUUUCUCCACUGAGCGGAGUUCACGCGAGCGCUGCGUCCGCGGGCCGCCUCGUCGCGAGUCACCCGAGACGUUCGAGGCCGGGAGCUGCGUGGAGCGAGCGGGCUUGAACGGGUCGGAAAUGAACAGCUCGAAACGCCGCUCGGGGGGAGGCAGAGCGGCGGCUUUUUGGAAUGUGGAGCAUCCGUUUUGUGUUGUCGCUUCGAGACCUUCUGCUCGCGUUUCCGUCUGACCUGCAUUUCACACUCUCAGGAUUUGGCCUCCGUUAGGCCAGUUUUGGGUGAAGGCGCACUCAGAUGAGGUCGGCACGGAUGACAAACCAGAAAAGGCCUGGAUGGGAAAGAGCGUGACCAUGGACAACCUUUCGGACUUCGGGGGUCCCUGUCCUUCCAGCCGCAGAGACUGGGAUUCCAGCAGCUGCAUGGAUGAUUUGCUGGACGAAGAUGAGAAAGACAGGGCAAAAAGGGCAUCGCGGAACAAAUCCGAAAAGAAAAGGAGAGACCAGUUCAACGUGCUCAUCAAGGAGCUGUGCACCAUGCUGCAGGGCCAAGGCCACCCUCGCAAGAUGGACAAGUCCACCAUCCUGCAGAAGACCAUUGACUUCUUGCAGAAGCAGAAAGACAUCAGCGCGCACAACGAAACGUGCGACGUGAGACAAGACUGGAAGCCUUCGUUCCUCAGCGACGAGGAGUUCACCCAGCUCAUGCUUGAGGCACUAGAUGGGUUCUUGCUCGCGUUAACUCCGGACGGAAACAUCAUUUACGUGUCGGACAGCGUGUCUUCGCUGAUUGGACAUUUGCCGUCAGAUAUGGUGGACCAAAACAUCUUAAAUUUCAUCCCGGAGCGGGAACACGGGGAGGUGUACAAGCUGCUGUCAUCUCAUCUGCUGCUGACCGACCCCGUCGCUGCUGACUUCCUGGCCCGUGAGGCGCAUGUGGAAUUUUGCUGUCACCUCGCCAGAGGGAACAUCGAUCCAAAAGAACCGCCCGUAUACGAGUACGUCAAGUUUGUCGGAGAUUUCAAGUUCCACAACAACGUGCCUACGUCCUCCUGCGACGGGCUCGAACUGACGUUACCGAGAAGCCUGCAGUCGUCACCGGGGGACCAGGUCUGCCUCAUCGCUACUGUGCGAUUAGUCACGCCGCAGUUCCUCAAGGAUUUGUGUAACGCAGAUGAUCCUUGUGAUGAAUUCACAUCCAGGCACAGCCUCGAAUGGAAGUUUCUGUUUUUAGAUCACAGAGCUUCUCCAAUCAUUGGCUAUUUACCCUUUGAAGUUCUCGGAACAUCUGGCUAUGAUUACUAUCAUGUGGAUGACUUGGAACUUAUAGCUCAAUGUCACAAGCAACUAAUGCAGUGCGGAAAGGGCAAAUCCUGCCAUUAUCGCUUUCUGACGAAGGGCCAGCAAUGGAUUUGGUUGCGGACGCACUACUACAUCACUUAUCACCAGUGGAAUUCCAAACCCGAAUUCAUCGUGUGUACUCACACCGUUGUCAGUUACGCCGAAGUCCGAGCCGAAAGGAGGCGAGCGUUCGGCCUGGAGGAGCUGUCCCCUCCCGAGAUCGCUCCCUCCUCUGUGAAGGCCCAAGAGCUGUACCUGGACAUGUGCUCCACACUGGACCCGCCACGGGACAGAAAAAGCGGCGCCUGUUCGGUAUCCUCCCACAGCUCUCGGAAGUCCUCCCACACGGCGCUGUCGGACUCCGCAUCAAACUCGUACCCGGAGACGUGCACACCGUCGUGGCAGUCGGCGUCCGUUGGGACCGAGAGGAUGCCGGCCAGACUCCAAGUUGGGAGUUCAAAGAAUUCGACCCAAAGACAAAAUUCCUUUGACGUGGUGCCCCAAAUGAGCCUCCCCCUUUCUCCUCCUCCAUGCAGCAAGAACACAGCCACGCCGCAGCAAACCCAGCAGCAGUCGUCCUUGUUUCAGCUCCAGCAGCCUCAACUGGGUGUCAUGAACCAGCUGAAGGAGCAACUGGAGGAGAGGACGCGCAUCCUGCAGGCCGACAUCAAGACGCAGCAGCAGGAGCUCCACGACAUCAAGGAGAAGCUUCACCUGGCUAAUCUGCAGAUGUUGCUGCAACAGCCUCUCCGCAAAGAAUUCGGCCAGCCGCCGCAGCAGGCUCAGCAGGCUCAGCAGCAGGGCCCGGGCAGGCCCGCCUCACAGAGCCCAUCGGGGGUCAUCAGGCAGCUCUCGGGCCACCCGAAAGCGCCGUCCCGCGGGGCCCACGGCUCGUCCCCUCGCUCGCUUCUGAGGGACAACGGCUCUCCCUCCACACAGGUCCCGCAGAGGAUCUCUCGGUGUGGCCAGGUGGAGUCGGUGAGCUUGCCCGUGCAGACCAACACCAGUCUGACCAUGCCCUUCUACAGCAACCCCAUGAUGUUCUCUCAAACCAACACGAGGCCUCUGCACGACACAAACCAAAGACACGCCGAGAACGACUUCAGCCAGGACGGACAACUCCGGAUGCUCCUGAACCAGCCGAUCCAGACCCUUGUCCCCACGAGCAGCGGGUCCACGCAGCCCUCGCAGCAGUGCAACGUGGGCAUUCCGCAGAGCAUAUACACGUUGGAACAGCAGAUCAUCGGGCCCUCGUUCCCCAUGCAGCAGGUCAACUGCAACGCCGUGCUCGUGCCCUCUCAGGUGUUCACGUCGCCCAUCAUGAUCCCGCACAACAGCUUCAUCUCCCACCAGUCGCAGCAAAGCUACCAGGCUCAGCCUCAGGCCUCCCAGCACUCCCUGCAGCUGCAACAGCCGCAGCAGUUCUUUCAGAUGACUCAAGGACUUGUGCACAGCGGAUCGACUCCGACAUUCUUACACGCCGCCAACAUUCCACAGCAAGGCACUGUGGGAUACAUCCAGCAGCAGCAGCAGCAGCAGCAGCUGACGCCACAAACUCAACCGCAACAAAGACAAUACCAACAUUCCCAAAACCAGACUGCCAACGCGUCGGACUUUCGGAACAUGCUAACGCGGUAGCGCCGAGCUCUGCGGCGGCUCGUCGCCGUUGAGUCAAACUCGGCUCGGAGGUGGGAAAACCGGCCGGAGCGGCCCGAACACUUUGACGCCGAGCCGCCGCUCGCCCCGCGGGGAAGCGCCGGAAUAAAAACGGGGACGGCGCGCGGACCUGAGGAAUGUGACGAUGAGGGGCGGGGCCUUUCAGCGCCAGCCUACGACGCGCGCAGGAAGUGGAUUUACCGCCGCUUCCGUUUGGCGAGUGGCUCUUUGCACUUUUGGCGCCACCCCCCCCCCCCCCCCCCCCGGAGAGUAGGAUAGUGUAUUUAUUUUUGCCUAUCAAUUGAAUAUUAAAUGCUCCCUGGAAUCAGCGGCUUGACAGUGAGCUUAUUAUUUUCCCGCCAACAAAUCACUUUUGAGUUUCCAUUUCCAAGAGUCUGAUGUCAAAGCCCAGUAAAAAGGCCACUCUAGGAUUUAUCGGAACAAAGAAGGGCUUCCUUGACGAGACACUUGCACCGAGAGCCCGGCCACAGCGCCGGUCCAAUGUGCCUUUUAGCCAUGCUACUCGUACCAUGGUGCCGUUCCGAUGUUACGUCUCACCGCGGCUUUAAAGAUCCUGCUCAGGUCCGUUUGGAAUACAGAGUUUUAUUUUCAUUCAACGUCAUUUGUAGACUUUUCCCACAUUAGAUUGAAAAUAAUAUACUUUUAGAUUUCUAUUGGAGAUUAAAUAUCGGAUGCCUUUUGAAACCUUAACUUGCCCCAAAAAAAACAAUCAGUUAGGACAUUAGUAGCAAUGAUAUUAGCAUUAUUAUUAUUGGUUUUUUUUUUUUCUUUUACAUAAUUUAUUUGAGGAAUACCUUUUAUUGUAAAUCAACUGACAUGCGCAAAACGAAAGCAGACGUAUAUGUUGAGAUUGUGAUUCAUUUCACCACUGGUCUUAAAGUCUUACCCCCACUGCUUCACUGCAUUGAAUUCAUAAAAGCCACCAAUUUUAAGAGAUUAGCACGUCCACGUUUGGUAUAAAAACAUCUACUUCUUCACUUGAAGUGGUUAUGAAAUAUAUGCUGCAACGUGACGUGUAGACUUAUACCUUGAAGCCGAGCUCUGACGUUUCAUAAUUAUAGAAAAUAUACAAGCAGAUGUUUGGGAAUUGUCUUUCCACUCUAGUUUAAAAAGUACUACAAAAGGUGUGCCUUCACAAAGAUAAUCAUGCUGUAUUACUUCUUUGUACAUAUAUGGUAGUUCAAUGAAGACUCAAUUAUUUAUAGAUGUGAAUAUGAGCGCGAAUGCCUGCUUGUCUGUCAAUCAGUCGCCUGCGACCACUCCGGGCCGUGCGCCGCGCCUCGCCCAAAAUCAGCUGAGAGCAAAGGAGGACGUGCGCGUUUGAAAAUGGAUGGAUGGAUGGACAUUAAAUGUCGUGUACUUGUUUACCGAUAUCUGUGUGUGUGCGUACGUCAGGGUUACACGAGCGAAUGCCAAAUUCCGAUAAACUUGCCAGUUGGGAAAAGUCGGGCUGAAUUCUGGCCGCAAUUUAACUGGAAAAUGUCACAGCGGCAUCAAACAAGAUUUUGUUUAUUUCAUGUCAAUGAUAGGACUACUAUUUACAACUGAUUGAGAGUUCCACAACUGAACGGUUGCUAAGCUAAACGUCGCAGAAAAAGCACAUUUACUGAUUCCUAAAACCCAAAAUUAAACGACAGUAAAACAUCCCGUUGAAAGGAAUCCCCCGGGACAAUCUUUUCCACAACUCCCGAAUUUGGACCAAGUCAUAUACUGUGCCGCUGUCAUUAAUUAGUCACAAGUUAAUGCACAAAAAUAUAUGCAUCUGGCACAAUGUUGGCGCCUCAAAGUAUUUCAAGAAGCUGCAGAUAUGAAAAACCUGAAGGAAACUUCCUAACUUGCAGCACGCUCAAUUGCCUGUCGAUUUUUCAUCCAAAAUCAAACGAUUUCAAUUUGCCGACAACACAGACCUGAAAGUUACGUUUCGCUCCACAGAUGAAUAAAAGGGGCCCAGUAGCUCCUCUUUGACAACGUGCAAUGUCCCAUUUGAGAUUGUUUGUUUAUGCUGUAUAUUUACAAGGUUUCCCUGCAGAUGUGUAUAAAUAUGUAUAUUACGCCGGUGUAAAUGAGAUUUUUUCUUUUUAGUUCACCCGACAUUCCUUCAGGCAGAGAACACAACAAUUAUUCCGCUCACGACGAUUACACUUUCGAUACUUUGGAAUGUGGCGCAGCCUCAUUUUUUUUUCCUUUUGUUUUGUCCCCCCCCACCACCCACCCACACACACACACACAAACCAACUUUAAAUUCACCAGAUGAAUUGAAUCCAUACAUUUUUGUUGUGAUGUUAGUCGACUCGUCACUUUCUGAAGCUAAACCGUGCCACGCUAUUGAAUAAUAUUAAUGCCAUUUCUCCACGAUGAGGAAGCAGAGGACGGCGAGUUUGGACACUAAACCCAGCCGGCGGGUUCUGCACACGUGGACGUCCGGAUCCAAAUCUCAUUUGCUUUGCGUGAAUCAGAAAGACAAAAAUCAUCGUCCUCCACCCGAUGUGCGGAUGGCAACAUCUUGAAACCCUCCAUUGAUGUAUAAAUUUGGCCUGAAUAGGUACGGGUUCAAAAUAUGCCCACCCCCCCCCCACCCCUUUUCCCUCCUUCCCCAGCUUCACGGACUUUUUUUUUUUCCCAUGAAGCGUUUUUCGAGUGACGCUUUCCGUUUGUAUGUGACAAAAUGAAGGCCAAAAGCUGAGGAACGCUAACGUGCUAGGCGGCCAUUGCCGCCGUUUUCAGUGCAUAUAUUGUAUGUAUAUUAGAAUGUACAAAAAAAAAAAAAAACAACAUAGAUAAUAUGGUUUAUUUUCUAUGUCUAAUAGAAUACAUGUGUAUGUUACAUGAUUUUAAAAUUAAAGUUAAUUUUGUAACAUGGUGAUGAAGUGUCUUACUGGUGGCGCUGAGGCUGUCGUGUUGGUGUUGCACACUUGCUUGUAUUUUUCUUCCCUUGUGUUAACCCUUGAAAUAAGCUUUAAAAAGUAUUGUUUGAAAGAUAGCAAAUUCAGUUUACAGCCUAAAAUAUCUCGAAAUUAAUUAUGCUAAACUGAACUAUUUAAAA